GGACGGGAUGGUUAUCUUUUGAUCAUUAUUGGAUGGAAGAAGAAGAACGCUUUCGUCGAGUAGCCAAGUCUUUAGCAGGAAAUGAAAAACAUAGUCGAGUAAAAGCGUUGGAGUUGGUAGAGUUGUGGCUAACUGCUCACGUUUCACAAGCUGAAUAUGUAGAGUUAUCCAAACUUUGUAGAGCACUAUUCUAUGCCAUCUGGUUGAGUGACGAAGCCACAACUACGGAAAAGAUAACCAAACAAGUUGCUCGAUUCAUUGAAAUUGGCAAAAGUAAAUACUUGAAAGCGUUAUUGGAGUGUGUAGGUACUCUAUGGCCCAAGUUGGAUAUUUACCGCCUAGACAAGUUUUAUGACCUCAUCACUUGUUGUUUAGAUGAACUAGUUAUCAUAGGCGAUCAACACAAUUGGGAUGAGCAAACGAUGAACCAACUAUUCGGAGUUGUGGAAGAACAAUUCACUCAACAUUGGAGACACACCAGUAAGGGACUUUGUCUUCAUGUAUUGGACAAAUAUUAUGAACAUGUCAUCCGCAGAAUUCUUUCUUUUCCAUCUUCCUGGAACAAAGUAGAGUUGUUAUGGUCUCUUUUUCAUAUAUGUGUGGAUGACGCCACUCAAACAGAUACUUUACUUGUGACUAGAGCAAAAGAAAGAAUCUUUUCACCUCUUAUUGAAGAUUGCAAAGCAGCAGCCACAGAACAACGAUAUGAGUUAUUGUUUCUUAUAAGAGAUUGGAUUCCGAAACUAUAUCAGUGGGCUGGUUCACCUGAACGUCCACCCAAAUCAAGAAAGAGUCUAUAUGCUUUGUACAAUAAGUUGGAAUCGACGGUUUCUUGUUUAGAAGACCGUUUGCCUCAACAAGUGGAGAACCAUUCUUCACCCCCGAGAAGGAGGUCAGAACGCUUGAAAAAUCGUCUACAGUUGACAACUCGUCCAGCAGAACCACAAGUUGUGAAACAAGUUCGCUUUUCUUUGGACAAGAAUGAAGAAUAUGUUUUACCAGCUAUGAAGAAAAGAAGAACUCAACGAGUACCUUUAUCUUAUAAUAAAUGAACGAUUGCUUUUUUCCCUCUCUUUGAUUUUUUCCAUUCAUGAUGAUGGCUUUUGCUUAUUUUUCAUCUUAUUGUUAUCAUAAACGUUCUUCAUUGUACAAAGUUGGAAAAGUUUCCAAAAGACUUGCAGUCAACAUACCUAAACGUGCUUUUCAUUGGCAAAGUUGUCUACCAGAGUCUUCUCAACAACAAGAAGAGGAACCCUUUCAAGAACAACAAGCUAAACCAGGGUGGACCAAGAAGUUUCUUUCUCUAUUGGGUUAUGAUGGAGUCCAAAUGAAUCCUAAACAAGUUUUGAAAACUUAUGGAAUAGCUGCUAUCUUAUCUUAUGGAAUAUUUGACGCAGUUACGUAUUCUUUAUCUUUUCUCAUAGCUUUGAUAGGGUUUAUUCGUACAACAGGAAAGACUCUUACUUGGAAAACUUUUCCAGUAGUAUUUGGUGUUAUGUGGGGUAUUAAUAACUUUUCUAGACCUUUUAGAGUAGCUGGUGCUUUACUUUUGGCUCCUUUUAUGGAUAAAUAUGUUGUGCAACCGUUAAAGAAGCGAUUUUCAGCAUAAUUUGUUGUUCUUUGGGUGGAUUGAUUUGUGUUGAAUAUAUUAAAAGAAUAAUGUCUUUGAUAGAAGAUUGGUUUAUGAAUACUCCUCCAGUGACUAGAGCCUAUGUAACUAUAUCCUCCACAGUAACUAUAUUAUG